GGGCCCGCGGCGGGGGCGGGCGCGAUGGAGCGGGGGGCGGCAGCGCCAGCGGGGCCGGGCCCGGAAGGGGCGUGCGGCCUCCCCGGCCCGCCCUCCCCGAGCGCCGGGCGGGCGGGCGGCGCUUCCGGGGCCGAGGCCCGGUCGGGGGGCGGGCUCGCUACCUCGGCCCGCCUCCCGGGGACCGCUGCCGCCGCCGGGAGGGGCCGGGGCGGGGCGGCCCCGCGGCCGGGGGGGGGCCGGGCCGUGUGCGGGGGGUUCCCCGGGGCUGGGCCGCCCCGGGAGCCACAGGUGCUCCUGAUGCUGCUGGAAGUUUCCACCGGGGUCUGGUAUCACUCUGGGGGAGCCGCCGCUCGAGGGUGCCCUGUGAUCCGCUCGCUCCCGAGGCUCGAAACCUCCCGACCUUCGUAUGUGCGGAGCGAGGAGCUGCUCCCUCCUCUCCCAGGCCGGCCCAGCCGCGGAGUGCCUGUGCAUCCUUGGCAGCACAGCCGGCCUGGCUCGCUUUACUUCAGCUGCUUCUCCUCUUACUCCUCCUUAAACACAGCCAAAACACCAGGGAAUUUCCCCCCAGCAUCAGGAAGGAGAAAACAAACUCAGAUGUUGGCAAGUGGCUGUAACGCCUGCGCUGGCAGAGGCGUGGUCGGAGUCAGACCAAGAGUUAAAACAGCAACAACAGAAAUCCUGGCCAGAUCAAGAGACAGCAUGGCUGCGACUGCUGCCGUCAGCCCCAGUGAAUACCUGCAGCCAGCUGCCUCCACUGCCCAGGACUCCCAGCCGUCUCCUCUAGCCCUCCUUGCAGCGACAUGUAGCAAAAUCGGUCCCCCUGCAGUGGAAGCUGCCGUGACUCCUCCUGCCCCUCCUCAGCCAACGCCUCGCAAACUCGUCCCCAUCAAACCUGCUCCGCUUCCUCUUGGCUCCGGUAAGAACAGCUUUGGGAUCCUGUCGUCAAAAGGGAACCUCUUCCAGAUCCAGGGCUCUCAGGUCGGCACCUCCUACGCUGGGGGGCAGCUGGUUUUUGCCAUUCAGAACCCAACUGUCAUCAACAAGGGCACCCGCUCGUCCGCCAACAUCCAGUACCAGGCAGUGCCCCAGAUCCAGGCCACGAGGGGACAGACCAUCCAGGUCCAGCCCAACCUCACCAACCAGAUCCAGAUUAUUCCAGGCACGAAUCAAGCCAUCCUCACCCCUUCCUCUUCCUCUCACAAGCCCGUGCCCAUCAAACCAGCUCCGGUGCAGAAGGGUGGAGCGUCACCGGUGCAGGGCACAAGCAACGUGGUCAAGUUAGCUGGUGGCGGCAACGUGACUCUUACCCUGCCCGUGAACAACCUGGUGAACGCCGCUGAGCCAGGCACGCAGGCUCAGAUCCUUGCAGAGAGCUCCUUGAAGCCCUGCAAAAAGACUCGAAAGAAAGCCAUGUCCCCCGCCCAGCCCACUGCCAUGGCUGUGGCCGAGCAGGUGGAGACGGUGUUAAUAGAGACCACGGCAGAGAACAUCAUCCAGGCGGGCAACAAUCUGCUCAUCGUGCAGAGCCCAGGCUCCGGCCAGCCGGCCGUGGUGCAGCAGGUACAGGUGGUGCAGCCCAAGCAGGAGCCGCAGGUGGUGCAGAUCCCGCAGCAGGCCCUGCGCGUGGUCCAGGCUGCCUCCGCCACGCUCCCCACUGUCCCUCAAAAAUCCUCCCAGAACUUCCAGAUCCAGACGACGGAACCCACUCCUACCCAGGUCUACUUCAAAACGCCAUCGGGCGAGCUGCAGACAGUGGUGCUCCAGGAAGCCCCAGCCAUGACGGUGGCUCCGUCUGGGACCUCUUGCACCUGCCCCGUGUCCCGCAGCUCCGGCACGGGGGGCAGCAGCAGCAAGAAGCCAGCCACGCGCAAGGAACGCACCCUGCCGAAGAUCGCUCCCGCCGGAGGCAUCAUCAGCUUGAACGCGGCUCAGCUGGCGGCCGCGGCGCAGGCCAUGCAGACCAUCAACAUCAACGGCGUGCAAGUCCAGGGCGUGCCUGUCACCAUCACCAACACUGGAGGCCAGCAACAGCUGACUGUGCAGAACGUGUCCGGCAACAACCUGACCAUCAGCGGCCUGAGCCCGACCCAGAUCCAGCUCCAGAUGGAGCAAGCGCUGUCCGGAGAGAUUCAGCCGGGGGAGAAGAGGCGGCGGAUGGCGUGUACCUGCCCCAACUGCAAGGACGGGGAGAAGAGGCUGGGGGACCCAGGGAAGAAGAAGCACAUCUGCCACAUCCCCGAGUGCGGGAGGACCUUCCGCAAGACCUCGCUGCUGCGUGCUCACGUGCGCUUGCACACGGGCGAGCGCCCCUUUGUCUGCAACUGGGUCUUCUGCGGGAAGCGCUUCACACGCAGCGACGAGCUGCAGCGGCACGCUCGCACGCACACAGGUGACAAGCGGUUUGAGUGCGCCCAGUGCCAGAAACGCUUCAUGCGGAGCGACCACCUGACGAAGCACUAUAAAACCCACCUGGUCACCAAGAACUUGUAGGGCCAGGAGCUGCCCCACGGCUCCCUGGCUGUGCAGACAGACCCUGCGAGGGCACCAGCCUGCGACGCCGCAGCACUCCAGCAUCCCCGGCCGCGGCCGCCUGCGAACGGGAGCCCUCGGGGACAUCCUCCUGCCCUUCCUCCUGUGCCGCCUGGGCCCCCACGCAGAAGCCGCCCUUGCCGAAGGGGGCGAGGGGCCGAUCCUCCCUGCACACCCCUGGGGCCGCGGGGUGGCCCCGCAGAGGCCCAGAGCCCGGUGAGACGUGUCAUGGCCGCGCGGGAGCCGGGCAUGGAGGUGACUGUACGCUCCGGUGCGCAAGGGCUGGGAGAGGCUCCACAGCACAUUCCUACUUUAUAUUUAAAGUCUAUAAAUAGCUAUAAAUAUCUAUAUAACCCCCUUUGGAAGGUCCCUUUUUUCUAUGGAGAUCGUUGCCUUAUGCUCCCCGCUCCCGAUUACAAACACUGUGUAUUGUGAGUGCUUUUUUAAAUCUUUAUUUAAUAUCUCUCUUAAGAUGCUGCCCAUCUUCUCGACCCUUUUUUCUCUCCUAACAUUUCUUUUCCAAUACUGAAGAGAUUUUUUUUUUUUUCUCCCCCCUUUCUGAUGAUUUUUCUCUUCCCCCCUUUUCUGUUUCCAAGUGACGUGGCAUUUCCUUUUGAAUUCUGGGACUGCAGCCCCCUUUCCUGCCCCGUGUGCUGCUCGCCAUCCCCACUGUGUAUAGUGUACAUUGUAUCAUAGAUUAUAUUGCUUUUGUGUUUACUACAUGUUUAAAAAAAAAACACAUGGCUUGUUAUUUUUGAGCUUUUAAAUUAAACAAAUCCACUUUAUUUUUUA